CCUAAUUUCUCUGAAACACAACACAACAAGUAUACUUGCAACAAAAAAAACUGUGUGUUGAAUAGUAAUUUACUAGAUAGUGUUUUAUUUAGUCUUUAACAUUGGUGUCUCUUCUUAAUUAAUUAAUUAAUUAAUUAAAAGGGAAGAAGAACACCAUGGAAGGAGGUGUACCAGAAGCAGAUAUGUCUGCUUUCAGAGAAUGUUUAUCUCUAUCAUGGAAAAAUCCUUAUGUUCUUCGUCUUGCUUUUUCUGCUGGAAUUGGUGGCCUUCUUUUUGGCUAUGAUACUGGAGUUAUAUCUGGAGCUCUUUUGUAUAUAAGAGAUGAAUUUCCAGCAGUAGAAAAGAAGACAUGGCUUCAGGAAGCCAUAGUGAGUACAGCAAUUGCUGGAGCAAUUAUUGGAGCUGCAAUUGGAGGAUGGAUCAAUGAUAGGUUUGGAAGAAAAGUAUCAAUAAUUGUUGCAGAUACCCUCUUUUUACUAGGGUCAAUUAUCUUGGCUGCUGCUCCAAAUCCAGCUACUCUCAUUGUUGGUCGAGUAUUUGUUGGUCUUGGUGUCGGGAUGGCUUCAAUGGCAUCUCCUUUGUACAUCUCUGAGGCUUCACCAACUCGAGUUAGAGGUGCUCUUGUUAGUCUCAACAGUUUUCUCAUCACUGGUGGACAGUUCCUUUCCUAUCUCAUCAACUUGGCCUUUACUAAGGCACCAGGCACAUGGAGGUGGAUGUUAGGAGUUGCAGCAGCACCUGCUGUGAUACAAAUUGUGCUCAUGUUGUCACUCCCCGAGUCGCCUCGUUGGUUGUACCGCAAGGGCAAAGAGGAAGAAGCGAAAGUAAUUCUGAAAAAGAUAUACGAGGUCGAGGACUAUGACAACGAGAUUCAAGCAUUGAAAGAAUCAGUUGAGAUGGAGCUUAAGGAAACGGAAAAAAUCAGUAUUAUGCAGCUUGUAAAAACAACAUCCGUUAGAAGAGGUUUAUAUGCAGGUGUAGGACUUGCGUUUUUCCAGCAAUUUACCGGUAUCAACACGGUAAUGUACUACAGUCCUUCAAUUGUUCAGCUGGCCGGUUUUGCGUCAAAAAGAACAGCACUUCUUCUGUCUCUAAUCACUUCUGGCCUCAAUGCAUUCGGUUCAAUUCUGAGCAUAUAUUUCAUCGACAAAACUGGGAGGAAGAAACUUGCAUUGAUUAGUUUGACCGGUGUUGUCCUUUCUCUGACUCUUUUAACCGUCACUUUUCGUGAAAGUGAAAUUCAUGCACCAAUGGUUAGUCUCGUUGAAAGCUCUCAUUACAAUAACACAUGCCCUGAGUUCAAGACAGCAGCUACGAACAAUCAUAAUUGGAAUUGUAUGAAGUGUAUAAGGGCCGAGUCAACUUGUGGAUUUUGUGCUGCUCCUGGUGACAUGACCAAGCCAGGUGCAUGUUUAAUAUCGAAUAAAAAUACAGAAGAUAUUUGCGGCGUUGAUCAUAGAGCAUGGUACACAAAAGGUUGUCCUAGCAACUUUGGUUGGAUCGCUAUAUUAGCCCUCGCACUCUACAUCAUAUUCUUCUCGCCUGGAAUGGGAACAGUUCCAUGGGUUGUUAACUCUGAAAUCUAUCCAUUGAGGUAUAGAGGAAUAUGUGGAGGAAUAGCAUCAACAACAGUGUGGGUUUCCAACCUUGUUGUUUCUCAAUCAUUCUUAAGUUUGACCGUAGCAAUUGGACCUGCUUGGACUUUCAUGAUAUUUGCAAUCAUUGCUAUUGUUGCCAUUUUCUUUGUCAUCAUUUUUGUGCCAGAGACUAAAGGGGUACCAAUGGAGGAAGUGGAGAGUAUGCUUGAAAAGAGAUUUGUGCAGAUCAAGUUUUGGAAGAAGAGAGAUUCUCCCUCUGAGAAGAAAUAAUUGGUCAGAAGAAAAUAAAUAAUUGAGUCUAGUUUUAUAUUUAGUUUCAUAGCUUUAAUUAAUUGGUAAUGUGUCUCAUAAACUAUGUUAAUUUUGCAUGUAUGUUUGGAUUAACGGUAAGUUUGUCCGAGUUACCGUGUCACUGUGAUUUGGUCAAAUUUGUUGUCAUUCUAAAUAUGCAAGACAAUGGUUUUCUUUUGAGCUAUGAAUUAUUAUGUGAAAAAGUUAGCAUUUUAGUUCAAAUGGAUAGAACAAGAUUCUUUCGUA